CAGUCAGUCAGUCAGUCAGUCAGUCAGUCAGUCAGUCAGUCGUAUUUAUGUAGCACCUUUCAAACAAUACAAUGUAAAGUAGUUUACAAAUGAUUAACGAGACUGAAACAAGACAAACAUUGAGAGAAGAAGAAGAGACUAGUGCACACCGAAUUAAGUUAAGAAAAAUAAAUAAAUAAAUAAAAUGCAACACAGAAUACAUUGAUAACAACAUUGGUAAAACAGUAGAAAAGUCAAAUUAUAAAAUGUAUACAAACUACAACCACAGCAUAAACAGCCAGUAGAGAGUGUAUAAAACCAGACGUAACAUAAAGUAGUCGUAGUGAAGACGUGAUGAAACCAGUGGUGGAAGAAGGUCUAACAGGUGAUUGGCUGUUUACACCUUAAGACCUUUCUCCUCUCAGCCAAUGGCUGCAGAGAUUACCUCUCCACUGAGCUGCAGGACAGAUGACCUCAAUCUCUUUCUUCUGUCUCUGCUGAACUCUUCCAUAUGUUCUCUCUGUCCAUCUCUCUGUUUAUCAAUCCUUGUGUCUCUCCUCUUCCUCUCCUCCUCCUCAUCUGUCAGGAUGUCUGACUCUCUGGAUUUGCACCAGAUCUCCUGUUCUUUAGGAGUUGGGGUGGUGAGUUUAGCCAGUUAGCUUCUCAUUCAUUAGCCCGAGUCACGCUUCACCAGCUCAAGCAGCUCUCACAGGGGUCGGCCUGUUAGCGCGUUAGCUCGUUAGUUAGCCUGGUCAUCUCUUUGCUGACCUGCUGUUAGCUGGUUUACUUUCAUGUGUUGCGCUUGAGUUGUAUGAUGGAGAGACAAUAAACAGUCAAAGUUUAUUCAUAAUGCUUUCCAUUAAAGCACGUUUCAUCCCCAGAGAAAGAUGUAAGAAGUGUUUUGUUUUGUACCAAUUUAAAGAUAUUUUACAAAAGAGAAGGAAAAAGAAAGAACACAACAAAGUGGGGAAUGCAUUUUCUUACCGUCUUAAUGUCCAAAAUGUCCUUUAGAUUUGUUUAAUAAGUCAAACAACCAGGGACGUUUUACAGGAAUGAACACGUUCCAUACAAACAUGUUCAGGUAGGAAAUGUGGUAACGAACUACCUGUGUCAACAUGUUUCCACCUGUAACCAGAUGAAUGUGUGUUUCAUGGUGCGUUCAGGUGCUCCUGGGAUGGUCCCGAGCUUUAAGUCGUAAUGUGGAAACAACAAAGGAGAUUCAUGUUUUCUGAAACUAUUUGAAGCUUCAAAUUCAUGAUUUUGUCCCAGAGUUGUUGCUUUAGAUUACUAAAAUAUUGCUCUACCUAAUAACUCGCUCUACGUGAACAGCAACGGUUAAAACCUAAUGAGCAAAAACACCUGGAUUUUCCCAAUCGGGAGCAAAUUUUUCCCAUUAUUCCGGCACCACCUGAAGGCACCAUAAGCACACGGCCUCAGAUCGGUGACCACAUGACAUCAUAAGUGAUUUAUAAACAAGUUGAACAAGACUGCAACGUCCCAUGAUGAUGAUGAUGAUGAUGUGGUGCAUUCAAGUGCACAUUCAUCUGUUUGUUGUUGUGGAAAUACAAACAUCUGGUAAAACCAUUGCUGCUUCAAGCUGUUCUUGUUGAUGUUUUGUUUACUCGUGUUAAAAUGGACGUUUAGAGUUAGUUCACCCUCGAGCCUCCUGCUGCUGCGUGACAGGAUGAUGUUCAUCUGUUGUUGUUGUUGUUGUUGUUGUUGUUGUUGUUGUUGUUGUUGUGUUCAGGAGCACGACGUGGAGACGUCCCACGGUGUGCUGCACGUCACCAUGAGGGGGGCUGCUAAAGGCAACCGACCCACAAUCCUCACCUACCACGACAUCGGACUGAACCAUAAGUCUUGUUUUAACAGCCUGUUUAACUACGAGGACAUGCAGGAGGUGACGCAGCAUUUCUCAGUUCUGCAUGUUGAUGCUCCAGGACAACAAGAGAAUGCUCCAGUGUUCCCCACCGGGUACCAGUACCCCACCAUGGAUGAGCUGGCUCAGAUGCUGCCGUCUGUCCUGAAACAGCUUCAGGUGAAGAGUGUGAUUGGUAUCGGCGUUGGAGCUGGAGCCUAUGUCCUCACCAAACUGUCUCUGAAUGAGCCCACUCUGGUGGAGGGGUUAGUUCUGAUUGACGUCGACCCCUGUGCUAAAGGCUGGAUGGACUGGGCCGCCUCUAAGCUGAGCGGCUGGACGAGUAACCUGGUCGACAUGAUCAUGGGGCACCACUUCAGCACUGACGAGCUAACGGAGAACAAGGAGAUCAUCCAGACGUACAGACUCCACAUCUCUCAGGAUGUACCGCUGGACAACCUGGCCAUGUUCUACAACAGCUACAGCAGGUAGGACACAGGUAGCUGGUCGGUAGCCAUGUUGGCUUUUAUGAGGAACUGGUGAGGACGAGUCAACGCUGAGACAGGGAACUAAAUAUUACAUUUACAUUAUAUUAUUGUGUCUCAGUGACUAAUGGGGACAACGAUGUUUUGGUCA